UAACGUGAUUAACUAUCUAAGACACGCGUCUCUCGUGACCCGGAUCGCGUGCGAUAACACGUCCUUGACAUGAACAGGAACUCCAUGGAUUCACCUCAAUUGGAUGCUACGUUCGAGAGCAAGCUCACCCGGCUCAUUGCGGCCGAGAUCGAGAGGGCCAGGAACGUAGAGAAUGCAGAACUACGGGCCCAGAUCGCCCAUUUGGAGCGGGAAAAUCGCCAGCUCCGAGAUGAGCUCUCCAGUCUCAAACAGACCGGGGCAAGACCAGAUAACUCGGCGAAAACGUCGUUGAGGUCGCUGCCAGCCAGGACCAAGCGCGGGAGAGCAGAGUCGUGGGACCGUCUGCCGAUCAAGAUGAAGUCGUUUGGAGGUACUGGGACUCUUGGCGAGAUCCCCCUCCUUCGCAGCCAGUCGAUGGUGGAGGAGGAGGUGCCGUUCCACAAGCUCCCCACCCAGUAUUCAGAUGACGAGAGCGUGUUCCGGUCAUCGCCCAUCAAGCUCUCGCCUGUCAAGAAACCGAGUGGAGCCCCUGUGGACGACAGCCCCCACCAGGAGGCCCACACACAGGUGGGCUUGAACGACCGCCACCGCGAGCACGAGCAUGAGGCCGAGAACGAGCCAGGCCCACCCGCAGGCCCGGCAGGCGCCACCACGCUCCAGCGGCGCGAGUUCGUGCUCAGCUACUACCGUAGCCAGUACGCCGGCACUCUGUUGCGGGUCAAUCUCGCCACCAACCCCAUCACCGAGCAGAACUGGAUCAUCUCCGAUUUCCGCCCCAAUCCUGGCUACACCAAACGGGACAACGUUACCACGGGAGGGUUCACACGAAAAAUAGGAUUGACACGACAGGACGAGGACAAUAGACGCCGGUUCUACAGGGCCGCUGGCGGCAGCGAUGGUCUGGGCCAGUCGUCGGGGGACGACGACGACUUUGACGACCACCUCAGUCAGAUGUUCGAUAAGUUCCCGCUGCCUCCAGGAUUCAUGAGCAGUGAGUUUCCUGCCACCCAGGAGGGUAUGAGACGGCGGGGGGUGGUGCACAAACGCCAGCAGCGAAGGCUCCAGCGGCGAAUCCUGGCCUGUGUGAAUGUUUCACACGGGCGGCAGUUGCUGGGCGAUGCGACUCCUGGCUCGAGCCCCAGUCGGAUCACCGCAUCAGGGCCUGGCGGAGCUAUGGUUAGUGCAGGUGUGAAAAGAAAUAAGCCCUCUCUUAUAUGGCAGGUGACAAUAACACCUGGCCCACCACCUCGCACCGCCAUAACUGCUAGUGACGAGCGGUGGUAG